AAGGACUCUCUCGUGUAAUGUGUACUGACUGUGCUAUGUAUCUUCGUGACACGCCAGGCUAGACUUGUGAUGGAUAUACUCUGGCCAGUUCUCUGGUUUUUACUGAUAAACUCUGCGAGGAGUAAACGGUCGGAGACAGUGAACAUCCCCGGCUCGUUCUGUGGGGCGGUGCUGGGUGAGAUCUCCGGGGCGGACGUUAGGAGCACUCACCAUCCUAGCAGUCCCAGUUGUUCGGUUACGCUGGACGCAGGCAACAACCAGUACUCCGCAGGCAAAAAGUUCAUGGUCAUUUUUUGAUACUGUCAGCUUCAAAGAUUGUGGUGUUAGUCUGUCCUUCUUUGACUCAGGGGAUAUUACAAGAAAUCUCAUGGCCAAACUAACCUGCAACUCUCCCAUUCCGCCACCCUGCUUACUUCCGGCCGAUUUUUGACCCUUCAUUUGAGAACAGCAGACACCAGAGAGGAUAUUCUUUCCGCAUAACUGUGACGUCAUUCAGCGAGCAAACCUGUGAUGAUUUUCGAUGUGCUAAUGGCUAUUGUAUAGACAGCGAUUUAAUGUGUGACAAAAUAGACCAUUGUCAAGACGGAAGUGACGAAACGCCAUAUUAUCCUGCUGAAUGUUCGUCUUGGACGCAUGUGUCUACAACUGCGUAUUACGUGUUCCGGUUCGGAGUGGGCGCCAUUGUCGGCCUUGUUGCCACCGUCACCAUUUCCUGCGUUGUCGUCACGGCGGUGUUCCUUAUGUGGUACCGACGAAAGGUCAAUGAGUACAGACAACUGAUUCAGCUAACCGAACCAGCUUACUCGUUACAAGCCUACCCACAAAGCGACGAUAGUCCACUGUCGGAUACCCCGCCCUCCAUGUACCCAGUGCCCGGAAGUGCCAUGGGACCACCCACGUAUUCUGGAGAAACCAUAACGGACUAUGGGUCUACGGCGAAUAUACCAUUGAUUGAAGAAACGUCUUUUAACGGUUGUAAAGUGUAAAGUCUUGUCGCUUCUCUUCUCCACUGGCCGCACUAGAGAAUUAGGCAAAGCUCCUCUCCCGUUUUCACUGUAACAGACAACAGAUUAUUUGACUGUGUCAUAUAUCGUGGAACCUUGAAACGCGUAGCAGAUGCUGAUGGCUGUAGAAAGUCUGGGACGAUUGCUCCACUAAGCGUCCACGUUCUUCUCGUCGGUGGGUCGAAUACGUGGACAGCAUACUAACAUGGCGGCGAGGUACGCGGUUCACUGUGAACCAGUGGAUACAAUGGUAAGCCUAUACAAGUACAACAAUGUGGUAACAGUAUUCCGAUCUUCACUGCCCUGAUGAAGACAGAGCUGUUUUUGUCCGAUGACUUUUGAAACGAAUUAUAUUAAUUGCGAAAUUUUCGUAUUCCGGUUGACCGUAUGAAAAGAUUUCUUUGAUUGAGUGUGAUAAGUACAAUAAUUCAGCAAGGACAGUUUUGAGGAGGUAUAUGAUGAUGACAAAUCACUUAACAUGAAAUCGAGGUCACAGACAGAUUUUGUUUCAGAAAGAACGUCUCAGAACAACUAGGAACAGUCAUCAACUGGGGUACUAAAAUGAAAUGUAUUAAACACUGGGAAAUAGCAGCACAGCUUCAUCCAUGGCUUGUCAUACAGACAUGGAUACUGCUGUUAUACUUUGUGGAAGUUAUUUUUGGAAUGGAGUGGUGUGAAAAUAUUCCUUCCGGUGAGAAGAACAGUUUAUAAGAAUUGGGACGAAACAUUUACAAACCAAUCUACAAUCAUAGCAGAUGUUUUAGAAUGGACAACAUUGGGCAAAGACUAAAAAAGCAUCUGUAACUGGUUUAUUGAACAACGGGAAGCAGUAACGCUCAGUAACCUGUGGUUGAUUUCGAGAAUCGAUAAUACUGAUCAACGGAUAGCAGCUGACUAUCACUGGUCCUUUUCGAACUAAAACUCAUCAACGUGGAAG